AGCCGCAUUGAUAUCUGGGAAAGAAUUAGGAAUCAAUUGAUAAUCGAGUAAUACAUCUAGAGUUAAGGUUCCAAACCGCUUAUCAAAACCCUAAAACCCGUAAAACCCAAAUCAUUUGAGAGUGAAAGGGCAGAAUAUGGGGGGAUUCUUCGACCUCAACAUACCCCAAGACACCACGAAAACUACACGCAUAAAACUUGUUGUGAAAGCUAUGGAGCUAGGAUACAGUGGCAUCGCAUACAACCGGAGCAUCAAAGGUAUCAUGUCUGAUCACGACCGUUGCACAAUCCCACUCCUGUCCCUUUCCUCUUUACUCGAUGUAGCUCCUGCCCUUGCCUUCUCCGUUAAUCUCCACCGUGACCUCCUCGGAAUCCCACGCUCCUCCCCUUUCCGUCAGUACACGCGCUUGACUGUCUCUGUUGAUACUCCUUCUCAGGCCCAGGUGCUUAACUCUGGGAAUCCUGUUUUGAAGACUUACGAUUUUGUUGCUGUCAAGCCUCUGAGUCAAACUGCUUUUGAUCACGCCUGUCUUAAAUCCGAGGUGGAUAUGAUUGCCAUUGAUUUCUCUGUGAAGCUACCGUUCCGGUUGAAGCUACCUAUGGUUAAAGCGGCAAUAGAGCGUGGAGUUUAUUUCGAAAUUACUUAUUCUGAUCUUAUUGCUGAUAUUCAAGUGAGGAGACAAAUGAUACCCAAUGCGAAGUUACUAGUGGAUUGGACUCGUGGAAAGAAUCUCAUUUUCACAAGUGCUGCUUCUUCUGUGAAUGAUUUUAGAGGGCCCUACGAUGUUGCUAAUUUUUCAUCUUUGUUUGGUCUUUCAAUGGAACGAGCUAAAACAGCUAUUUCAAAAAAUUGUAGGAGUCUGAUAGCAAAUGCUUUAAGGAAAAAACACUUUUACAAAGAAGCUAUCAGAAUCGAACCAAUAUCAUCUGAUGAAAUAUCUGACACAAAGGAACUUAUUUAUGUGAACUGGCUGAAAUGGGAUCCAAUCUCCAGUGGUGGAGGGGAUUUACAACUGGGUGAUAUAGAAAAGUCUUUUUCUGCCACCACUAGAGUAUCCACAACUGCAAAAGCAAUUGAUUUUUCUGAGGUUUUAAACGGCAUGGCAUCAAAUGGUGCAAGUUUUUCAACUACUAUUCCGGCAAUUGAGACACCAGUUGCAAUUAGUGGAGUAUCUGAAAAGCCUGGUGAAUUUGAUUUUCUUCUUGAAACUGAUCAGGCUUCAUCAGACAAUACUUCAGUGAAGAACCAAACUUCGAGCAAUGAAAAUUCUCAAGAAAUGAAUUUACCAAAUGAUGAUACGAGGGCUUUCACCAAGUUCGAGGGAAGUAGAAGCCAUGUGAGUACCAUCAAGGAAGAAUCCAAGAAUUCAAACAUAUCAGAUGUUAUUCUUCCUUCAAUAGUGGAUGAAAGGCAUGAUAUGCAAUCACAAAAAUGCAUCCCUAGUUGUGAAAUAAAUGCUGUGUUAUCUAAUGCGAGUGUGAUGAAUCUGACAUCUGCCACGGACAUUAAUAAUACUACUUGUGUUGCUAAUGCUAAAAUAGAUACUUCAUGUGAGAAUGCUAAUUUUCUUGCUCCUCUGAUUGAGAACCCCUCAAGUUUGAAAGGUUCUGAUUUAGUUUUAUGUCCACAAGAUGUUUCUUUGAGUGAAAAUUUAAUGGAGAUGGAUGUUAAAGAUCAAGAAGAUAUUCCAGUGACUGAAAAAGUUUCAAGCAGUGAUCAGCUGGGAGAGUCUCAAAGUGAUUUGAUUACUAUUGUAGAUUAUAUCCCUCUUCUUGCCACUGAUGACACAAACAUUGAAAACUACCCUUUGGUUGCCAAUAACCUGGAAGUUAUGAUGGAUGAAGAUGAUACAUAUGUGACCAAUAAUGUUAUGGGUAGAGCACAACUUGAGGAAUCUGGGGAUGAACCAAUUGCACCUGUGGAUCAUAUUCCACUUUCUGUAACCUCUGAUGGCAUGAUUGUUAAAGAUGUCCCUUCAGUUGCAAGUAGUGAGAACCUGGAGAAGCUAGCUGUGGAGGGGCAAGAGCAUGUAGAUGCUGAUUCUAGAUGUAUUCUUGUCGUGGACGAUGAUUUGAAAGUUAAAGAUAACUCUCCUGCUGAAACUUGUAUGUCUCUGGAGGAAGUGGGAAUGACAAGGCAAAUGCAUGAAGAAGCUAAUGUUGAAAGUAAACAUACAGCAUUGGCUACAUUUCAAUCAGGGAAAUUUAAAGCAAAGCGGAGGACAUCCCAUCAACAUCCUUCAUUUCCUCUGAAGCGUUUGUUGAAUCCCAUGGCUUUCAAGAGAACUAAAAAAUUUAAGCGGAAGGUGUGACCGGAACUUUAUUUACCUUUGUUUCCUUUGAUUAGCUGGAGCAGGAUAAAAUGUAAAAAAGAUGAGAGAUUUUGGUUAUGAGGUGGAGAAAUUUUGUUUUUAGAUCUUACAGAUGUUCCACUAUAUUUAAAAUUUUGGCCUUGACACUUUGA